AUGAACCACAUCUACCACUCCCUGAACCCCCUCAUCCUUCUCGCCGCCUUCCUUGUCUCUCUGCUCGCCUUCCUUGCCCCGACCCCUAUCCUUUCAGACCGCGUUUCGCUUCUCUCCGUGGAGGCGACCAAGUCAAGCGCAAGAAGGUGGAUUGAGGAUGCUGCCGGGCCGGCCCCUGCGGCGAACUCGCGGCGGAUGGUGAAGCGGGCAAAGGCGAAGAGCGCGACCGCGACGACGACAGUGCCGGUCAGCGUCGACCUCGGACCUCUCGGCGCGUGCUACACCAACUCAACGACGCACACCAAGAGCUGCAUGUCGCCCUCCUUCACGCCCAUCUUCUUCGAGAUGUACUCCGACUUCCUCGCCGUCCUCGUCUCGUCCAUCUCGAUGCACGCCACAAAGAAGCUGGCCUUCUUGAGCAAGCAGCAGGUGAAGGUGCGCAAGGCGGCGACGGUGAUGGGCAUCAUCAGCCUCGUCGUAGGCCUUGCGGCUGCUGGUGCGAUGCGUGUGCAGCUGGGCAAGGCGGCGUCGGCGAUCAACAAAGCAGGCGGCGCAAAGGCGAGCCUGGGGAGCGGCUUCCUUCAAUUUUGGGCUGGGUAUGCAUUGCUGGCGGUCGCAGACGUCCUGCUCGUCGUCGAGGCGUUCACCAGCAGGCGAAAGGAGUGCACCUCCUAA